CACAUUUCAGUUGAAGGCAUUCAGUUGUACAACUGACUAGGUAUCACCUUCUCCCUUUCCAAUCGGAAUUUCAGCGCAAAAAUAUGAAGCCUUUGCGCGCGCCUGUGGUCGCAAUGUCGUGUGUCAUAAUAGCGCAAAAGUGGAAUGUUUGGUCAACGGAUUCCAAAUGAAGAUUCUGAUACAUUUGAAUAUCAAUUUUGAUGCUGUUUAAGCUGACGAUUGUUUAUUUUCGAGUGGACUGGUGCUAUCUAAAUAUCGCAAUGAACAGAGCAGAUUAUUUGGCUUUCCCAGCCAUUGUUGGGACCACUGGACAAUACAAUAAUUUGAGAAAAAUGUGGGAUGGCCAACACUACAAAUACCACAUGGACAGAAUGCAGAAAACUAAACAAAUGGUUGACAACAAAGCCCCCAGCACAUAUCUGCAUUGUCAUCUAAAGAUGAAAAAGAUUCAGAUGGAGCAGGAGCGUCUGAUGGAGCUGGAGAGGGACAACCGCUUGCUGGUGUCCAGGAUCGCCCGCACCAUGGGCACCAAAGGAGGCCUGGACAACUGGAACAAGUACCAGCCCAAACCCAGUGUGAGUGCAGACCUAAGGAACAGGGAGCUGGUGAAGAUUUCUCUGGAGAACCAGGCCAUUCUAAAGAAGAUCAACAUGACUAAGUCAGUCUACGACCACAGGACAUGGCUGGACGACUUCAAAGUCACAAGAGGUUAUGUGAACAGACUGUUGAAGUACCCUGAACAGCCCAUACCGCCAAAGCAGCACAAGAUGCUGAACUUGGUCUAGAAUCACAACCACAAUCAAAAUGCAGUCAUUUUGCCACAUACUUGUAAGACUUCAAUACAUUUAAAUCAUGGAAACUUUAUUCAUUUUUGUGUCACUUCCAUCAUUUG